AUUCUGCAACGUACAGUGCCGCCUGCGUGACGUGUGUGAGCCUGUUUGAACCGCUCGAAGUGAACAUUAUCUGUCUAUUAUCGGUGUAAGGUCUCGGUCUCGCUCUGCCCCCAAAGAAGUGUUUGGUGGAUCAACUUGUUGUUUGAACUGUCCCGCAAACCACCGAACGCGCCGCACUUUCGGUAAUCGGUGUGUGUGUGUGUGUGUGUGCGUGUGUGUUUGUGUGUGUGUGUGUUCGCGCACGCACCUUGUGCGUCGAAAACGGAAACUAGCGCGCGUGGGUGUCCGUGUCGGUCGGGGACGAAAGCUCGAACCCGAAAACACCUACGCACAAUACCGGGACACAGCACGGUGGUGGUGCGCCUUCGCCAAACCGGGUGGUGCAGUCCGGACGAUUUAUGCGGACACAAGGACCAGCACAGGUCAGUCAGUUCCCGACGCUCGGCAGGAUCAGACACGGAACGAUCCGGCCCUUCAAUAGUACCCAGGAACAGGUGGUCUAGUGGGAUUUGUCAACCAAAAGAAUAGAAAAAAGCGAGUCGAUUGUGUGUGUUUGUGUGUGUGAAAAAGUGAUAGAAAAAAGACAACAAACUUUAAAGUGCUAAGUGAAGACUAAGACUAGCACUUACAACUUCUGAGUUCCUACGGUGAAACCCAAACCUUGCUCCCGAGAGGAUCGAACAUCAAGCAGCAUCAAGAAGUUGCUACUUUGGGUCAUUAGUUGCAUCCUAAUUUUGCCACGAUCGAAACAAUGAUCAGUAAAAUGGCGCUGACGUGGGCCAUAGCGCUCUGUGGACUGAUGGCGAUGGGAAAGGCUGAGUCGUCACUGUCUGGUAGCAGCAGUAGUAGUAGUGGAAGCAGUGGUAGUAGCAGCAGCAGCAGCAGCAGUAGUAGCAGCUUCCCAGUAUUCGGUACUAAGCGAUACACUCGUUCCAAUCUCCUUCCCUCGAGUGAGUACGGUGGCCAGGGUCUAUCGCUCCCCGUGUACCGUGUGCCAAACUCCCGGUACUAUGAUGCCCCGGUCCAGCCACAGUACUUCCCGUAUGCACCGUAUCAACCACCAUCCAGCAGCGAUUACUACGACGAUGCCGGUUACUACGGAGACACUGGUAAAGGCUACUACUAUAUGCCACAGCCGACCCAGCACCGUCGGUAUCAGCGUAACAACGAGCGGUACACAUCCUACGGACUGCCGACGUAUCGAGGCGAGUACAAACCGACACCUUACUACUACGCACACGGACCCAGCUACAGCUAUUCCGAUGACCACGAGUCAAGCAAUCCGCUCGAUGAUCUGCACGAGGAGAUGCUGCAGGAGGACGAACGAGAGCGUGCGCGCGACUACUAUCCCGUCGGACAGGAGCAAUGGUACGAAAGUCCGUCGCGUCCAGAUUCUGCCUUCCUGCGGAAUUUGAUCAUGUACAACAGCCAGCUGCAGAACUAUGGACGUGGCCGACAGAUGCUUCCGAUGGACAUGUCGAAUGAGGAAGACUUUGAGGAGUACGAUGAUACGGAGCCGGAUUACGAGUACGAUAUUCCGAUUGCCGACAGUCGCCCGAGCUAUGGUAACUUCUUCGGCAAUGGCUAUCGAGCGGAGAGUUUGCCCUCUUUUGGUCCAUCCGGAGCAGGAUCUGCUGGUAGCCGGAAUACGUUUAGCCAACUGAAUAGCUUCCGUAACAGUAUGGCCAAGAAUCAAAUCGACGAGGAUGAUGAGGAAGUGCAGGAACUGAAAUCGCUUAUCCAUCAGCAAAAGAACAGCCAGCGACUACCACCCAUGUUGAUGGACAAGAUGGCUCCUUUUGUGUUGAAGCAGCAACAGUAUCCAACAGCGGCCCACAAACCAUCACAGCACCAACCAUCGCAGUCGUCAUCCCAGCAGCAGCAGCAGCAACAACAGCAGCAGCAGCAGCAGCAGCAAGUACACCAGAGACAAUCGAAACAGCAGUUCCAGCAACUUCAACCACAGCAACAGAUACAGCAGCGUCAAAAGGAGCUACAGCAGCAGCAACUGCAGCAGCAGCAGAAGCAACUGUUGCUUCAGCAACAGCAAGAACUGGAAGCCCAACAGCAGCUUCAGAAGCAGCAGAAGCAACAGCAACUGCUCCGAACACUUUCCUCCGACUAUCAGCCGACGUACGAGACGGACAACUGGCAGAAGGACAGCCCCAGCUACAAUGCGUACGAUUACGAUGCCGACGAGUACGACGAUUCCUGGAGCCAUUGGGAUCGUAAGCGUAACGUACAGCCAAAGAAGGCUACCUUCUCGUCCGCCACCGCCACGACCACCAAAACGACGUCAACCACGACGAAGAAACCGAAGACAGUGGUCAGCACAACUGUAGCUCCUGCGGCAGCGAAAGCUACCACAGCAUCGACGAAGGCGGGCAAUGGACAGAAGGAGGUCGUUCUACCGAGACCCACCAACCCGAGGAACCUGUUCGCCGCGAACUUGAUCCACGCUGUAGAUGAGACGAGGAUGCAGUUGGGCACGCAGAAGGCUGAGGAUGGAUCGAAGCAGAAGGAUCCCAAGUCGAGCAAGAUCUACGAUGCGAUCAGGGCUAUGAUGAACAUGAAACAGGAUCUAGAGGGUGCAGAUCUUCGCCAGCAGCUCGAACAUCAGAAGCAACUCGCCCACAUCCACAAGCGAUUCGUCUCCAACGAGGAAUCGCUCGUACAGCAGCUGGACGGACUGAAGCGAGCGGCUUAAACUCCAGAAUCUACCAGUAUCAACGCACCGAGACAUCGAUGUGCUAAGUGAGUUUUUUGUUUGUUAUUUUUUUAAGUUCGUAAGGAAGACUUUUCUCAUACGAAAAAACCGAUAUCCGUAGCUAGUUUUCAAACCACUGCUCAAAACAGCUAAGUUUUUUCGAAGCAAACACUUGUUUUAAUUUUUACAUAUACUAAGAACAGCAUAGCAUCGAAUCGUAAACACUACUUCUACUACUGUUUUAAAAUUUGGUUCCCAAACGCAUUAUGGAUAGCGAAUGUAGGGGAAGAUAGCAAAAAGAAGACACAAAAAAACAACACAAAAAAGGUUGAGACUGAAAUCUUGUGUAUAUAUAAUAUGGGCGAGUUUAGUAGAACACUAUAUACAGCGGCUGCAAACAGCCAAUUAUACCAUGGUUCGCAAAGCGAGCACCAGGCGGCGCGCGGUGUUGUCCGGAGAUCGGGUGGGAGAUAUAGAUUCUUGUUAUACAUAUUUAUACAUACAGGCCGCAUGUGAUUGAAGCGCGACGGAGAGUGUGUUAAUGGUGGAACCCCAGCAAAAAAAAAUGUACAUUUACUUAAACAAAAAAGUGACCAUACCAUUCCGCGUAACCCUGUGCGAUGGCAAGCAACUGUGUAAGUUGGGAUUAACAGUGCCACCUCUUCACGGGGGCACGGACUGGGAUCGUUACUUUUGGCCGAGACUUGCCCGCUUUAUGUCCAACUUCUUCUCCGGCUCUUCUUAAGUAACUACCCGUCAUACUAAAAGCCAACAUAAUGUCAAUUCACCUUUACUUUUCAAUUUUGCUUAUGUCGCCAAGACACGCCAACAGGGGUUGAAAUUACAUUUACGUUGCUACGUGUGUUUGUAUACCGCAAGAGGAAGAAGCAAAAAAGAAAAAGCUCAAGACACUUAUCGUUUUUGCCGAAAGAAAAAAAGAAGAAGGCAUGACAUUAGAGAAGCAUCAUCACAAAAAACAAGUGUUUUUGGGAUGAUUGAGGAUAAUGAUUUGUUUUCCUUUUCCUAUUACUUUAAAAUGGGAUAAGAUAAGCAACGGCAGUGUUGCAAAAACCUUCCCCGGCAAAAGUGCAAACACUCGUAUAUCAAGCAAAAUGAAAAAAAAACAAUUAAAAAAAUGGCGGCGUGUGGAAUGGUAGCCCCGGAGAAGAUAAACAACCGGUGGAAAAUCAUCCACUGGCAGUUGAACUGAACGUCGUAACACUUUCUAAUGUAAGGAUCUGCAGCAGUAUGUAUAUCGUGUACCGCGGUAAGGGCGCGCACACUUUGGUGGUUGAAAGUCCCUUCCAAAUGGCAGCUAGCGCCCUAAGCAAACACAACAACUCGGAAGCUCCAAAGUUGGCUCCAAACGCACACGCACACGCACAUCCACAACGCGUGUUGGUGGAUUCCCGGUGUGGGGAAGUAGCCGAGCGGGACACAUAAUCGCCCCAAACACGAUCACGAACCCGGUCCAGGCGCCGUAGGUUGGGAUAAAAGUACCGACCGCGUGUACUAACCAAAGGCCGGUUCGUUUCGUUUGCACGAACGAUUAAGCCUUAAGCCUGCUACUGUCACAUCUGGAAACCAAUCGUGUGGAAGUUGUGUAUGUGUGUAUGGGUGUGUGCCAUUGGAACCGUACGAGUGGAGGCUGUAUUAGAUAAUAUAAUCAAAAAUACACAUGGGAAGUAUUGUACGGGCCAGUUCAUGCGGAAACGUGUGCACUCGAAAAAAAAAAUCGGUAUUAGUCACUAAAAACAAACCCAAGACAAACAAAUAACUAACCGGUCUACUUAUCGAUGUUAUAAGCAAACAAAACACACAUACACACGCUCAUAAUGCCAAUACACGAGAAUGCAGAAUAUAAGGCACAAAGCUACCAAAAUAUGUUCUGAUUCCACCUAAAACAAAAAUUGGAAGAUUUAUUUACAAUUUUUAGCAAAACACAUAUUCAAGGUAACGAUAUCAUGUAAAUUGGUAUGUGUCUGUCUGUGUGUGUGUGUGUGUGUGUGUACUGUACUCUCAACACGCAAACACAGUGUACAGAUUGUAAAUAGAAAAGUAGCGCUGGCGGGAGAACUGGAGCACACAUUAUAAAUCGAAUCAAAGAGCUUUCAAAAUCGGUCUCAACAUAAGCUUAGUGUAUCGUAUGUAUUGCAUGCUUGACAUUGCAAAUUUUUCCUCUCACUUUUUCUUUUCAACUCUUGUUUCCUAGUCUUUGUAUUUUUUUGGUACAAUAUUUUGCUCCCUUUUUCUCGAUUUGUUUAAAAAUACUUUUCUUAUUUUAAAAAGUUUUUUAAUGCUUUCUAAGCUUUUGUUUUCCACUAUGCUCUUUCACUAUUCAGCACACUAUGUACAUAUAAAAGCAAAGCAAAAAAAACACAAUACAUACAAGCAAGCCUUAUUCGUCUUGGGUACCUAAUCAACAAUCAGCAAAGUAUCUACAUUACCAAACUAAGCUUAUUGCGCGUGCACUAAUUAAGCAAAGCACACACAUACACACACUGUGUUCCUUCAAGCGAGCCAGCAUUUUUCCCGAUGUGUUUUCCCGCGGCUUUUCACAAUUCUGCACCUUUUGCUGCUUAUGAGAAUUUCUUUCACAUUCACGCACAAAGAAUAAGGCACAAACUGAUUUUGGCAUAACGCGUAAAUCAACAUUACAGAGAACAUGGACUGCAUGUAGCUAUUAAACAAAUCUACUUAAACCAAAAAGAAAAGGGUUUUAAAUACUAUUAGCAACAACCAAACAAUGAAAACCCCCAGCGGCAGCUACUGCAUUCAGGGAGAGGAGGUUCAGAUGCAGUACUUUGGGGACAAUUGAUUAAGGGGAUCAUGAAAAUUGAGGCAAAAAUAAUUAAAGCGCUUUUCCUAUUUUACAAAACAGCUGCUCACUCAUCGCCAGCUUCUCGUCACUCCAAUUUCAUGUAGAAAUAAGGAUCCAUUUUCCACACUAGCUCGAUUUUCUUGUUCCGUCGGCUUUAAUAAUAAUCCAUUUCCUAGUCUUAUUGCCGACCGAUUGCGAUGGGCUUGGGUGGAAUGGAGUAAUUAUAGUUCGCUUUAAGCACGCACAUCAUGCUGUACACGCUACCGAAGGGCGAGGGGAGCUUUUUCAUCCUCACCCCUUCUCCGAACCGGCUUAACUUCCUCACGCUAAUUUUCCAAAACCAGUGAGGGGUUGGUUUUCCAUCGUUGGCUAGCUUUGUGUGCCGGACCGAGCAACUGUGGCCAGAAAUAGUUAGAUCCAAAAAUAGUUUAAUCAGCAAUCGCUUUGAUGCUUUCGGUGGUCGUUGUUCUCCUUUUUGUUUUGUUCUUGUUUGCGGAAAACCCCUUUUUUCCUAAAACAUGCCAUUGACCAGCGCCAAAAAGGUCAUACUGAAUUACACUGGCAGAAUGAAGUACCUAAGCAAAAUUCCCGGUUUUACGUCAAACGCUAAGGAAUCAUGCAACAGAAUAGGGCUAUGGGAGUGCAAAAAUACAUUCCAAUAGUCGAAUACCGCACAUCCGAUGCUGAGCUACAAAUUUUGAGGACUCACACAAGCGCCAAGGGAUAGUAGCGUAAGUGCCAACAGAUGAAUACGUUUCUUUCCUAUUCGUUUCCAUCUCAGGCACAUCAUAAAUAGAAUCAUAACACAAUUAAUUGUGUCGCGACGGCGAAAGUUAGACUGGGUUGAAGAGUUAUUACUCAACAGAAGCCAACAUAACUCACUCACACUUGCACACAACCAAAUAUCGAUCGGUAACGAUCCACGGAGCAUCACCAACACAACCAACACAACCAAAUCAAUCAUGAUGGGAGAAGCGAACACUAGGAAUUCUUCCUCCGGGAAAAAAAAGGUUUCUGGUGAUCGAACACAAUGCCAAAAGCGAGUCCUGGGAAAAUAGAGUUGCUGCACCAAGAGAUGUUUGGCAAACUGCCAACGGAAUCCACUGCUCUGUGCAUUGCGCUGGGGCGAGUCUGCCCGGAAGCUAUCGGGAAGAGUACAUUCACCCCCAGAAAAAGGGAACGCGUAAAAGGGAAUGUACGACUUGCCGACCAGCCUGGGCAACCAGGGCCUGGGACUGGGUUUUGCCGCACCACAUGGACGAGGGAUGACAUACAUGGAACCACAUCCUAUGUACCAUUGAUGAUACCGGCCGGAGCAGUUCUGUUCGAUCACGAUGAACCUAUUUUGUGCGGAGUGCAAGAAAAUGAUCUCCCCAAAAAGGAAGCUUCCCUUGGCGCGUUCCUUAUAAUACGUUCGACAAGAAAAUAAAACAGAAAAACGCAAGGGUUAAAGGGUGAAAUUUUUGGCAAACAUGCAAACCUAAGGGUUGAUCACAAAAUCACGCAACCCCAAAAGCCUGCCGGAUAGCCUUAUCCUUUGGGUUCGCUUUCCUUUUUCGUUAAACAGUAAGAAGAAAACAAAACGAACAAAAAUGGCCAGAUAUCACCAGAAAAGGGAUAAUCGAAAAAGGGGAUACCUUAAUUUCUUUGGGAAUACAAUUUAGGUUUUGUUCGGUUCGUGGAACGAAACACUGUCCACUUGAGACGGGAUGAAAUAAAAGAGUUGAUAACGAGAGAGAGCGAGUGUAUAUGUGAAAGUAAGCUGUAAGUAGAAUGGAUUAGAACAAAAUGGAUUAUAGAAAGCCGAUAGCCGUGUGGAAAAACCAAAGAAAAAAAAAACCCCGCGAAAGGAUCACAUACACAAAUUUGACAAUAAAAAUAUUAAAUCGUUUUUAAAAGAAAACAAUGCAAACUAUUUGUCCGUAGGUAAUAUUGAGCGAGAGAGUGAGUGAGUGAGUGUGUGAGAACAAUGUGAGAGCGAAAAAGAGCUGUUGGUUAUUGAUUUAUCAUGUUCCUGUUCCUUUUCUCGCUUUCCAUACUGCUUCAUUUUAGCGAUAGAAUUGUACAGCUUUAAUAUGUAAAAGCUUUUUUAUAUCAUUUUUCUCCUCAUUUACACCAACUUCAAUAUUUGCCUUUCUGGUGCUUCCUUGUUUUGCAAAAAAACUUUUAAAAAUAGUUCAACUAAUCAAACGCAAACUCAAACGCAACUAAAGCUACAAGAUACUUGAAAUAGUGCCAACUUUUCUAAUCAUCCUUACACAGAGACAGGCAUUUUGCUCGGAAUGCUACAAACGAACGAUGUAAAUCAAAUGGCUGUAAAUGGGGCAAAAGGAAGGGAGAUAGAAUUAACUAGAGAGAGAGAGAGAGAGAGAGAGAGAGAGAGAAAGAGGGAGAGUAUAAGUUCUAUAUUGAUACUUGUAUAUUUUUUGUACUCUUCUGAAGUUCUUGUAAAAGAAUCAAUCUUACAUAAGGCAGCUUUAUCUCAUCUCAAACCGCGUCCUCAGUAAAGCAGAAUAAAAAGGGAUAAUUUGCCGGAGAUGCAAAAUUAUUUUAAAUGCCACCAACAAGAGUCACAAACAUCAGCACAAGAAUACAGAACAUUAUAAUAUGGUAAAAUAAUAAACAAGGAAGAUCACUACAACAGCCACCAUCCCAUAACACAUACAGUACAUGAUGCUAAUAUUCUUCUAGUGUAAAAGUGUCGUCGGUGGGAAAUGAAAAAAAAAACACAUAAAAGUACAGAAAUUAUCCGUAUUUUUUUGUCUAUAUGAUGAGGAAAAAUAUUAUAACAAAAAAAAACAUCUAACAGGAAGCAGAAAAAAAGGGGAAAGAUAAAAGAGAAAAUACUGAGAGCUAAUAUAAUUUUAAAGAAAACAAGAAGAGAGAAGAGAAGAGAAACAAAAUCAUACGUUACAAACCAAACGCAUAACAUAGACAAUGAAAUCUUGUUGGUGAUAGUAUUGAUAACUGCUGCUAUUAAAAAAAAGUAUAACUGAAAACCGAAAAAUUCCAAACCGAAUAACCAAACAUAUAUAGAAAGAGCAAGCAAAAACAUUCCAAAAAAACAGACGAAAAUUACUCACUCUUUUAACACUCAACCGAAGGAAACUGAUAGAAAACUGGUCGAAAAAGAAACAGAACAACUUCAACUUCUAAAACAUACGCACAUACAGAAUGCCAUCUUCAACAGAUUAGAGAGAAUGAAAGAAAAAGCGAAAAUGAAAAGAGAAAAACAAACACUACAAAUGUACAUAUCCUCUCUAUGAAAUAACAAACAGAAGAAGAAAAAAAGAAGAAGAAAGCAAAAAAGAAAACACACACACAAACAAUUUACGAUCUUUAUACGUGAGAGCGUGGAAAAACAAAACAAGGUAACUCUCCGAUCAGCAGCUUUGUACAUAGAAUAAAUACAAAAAUAUAUACAUAUACAUAUAUAUAUAUAUUAUAUACAUACA